AUGGAAUUGAACGAUCCCAUUUCUAAGACACCAAUUACAUGCGACAUCGCCUACAUUGAUCAGCAUGCAGAAGGCAUUCUCACGCAUCCCUCAGAUAUCACAAGAAAAGAAAUUUCUCUUGUUCACACGGAAUUUCAACAUCUCAAAGAAUGGCAGCGGAUUUCAGGAGGGGACAUCGAUGACGUAUUUGCGCCUCUGUUCCGACUCUACCGGAAGACUUUUGCGGUUGCGUUUUUCCAUCUAAACCAGCACGAAGUCCUUGAUCUUAGUAAUGACCUGACGGUCAUGAAGAAUAUCCUUGACUCUAUGGCGCAUAGCUCAAACCCUGUUGUUGCCGAAUUCGCGCGCUGUCAGCAGAGAGGUCUUCAUACCAGCCUUGAAAUCUGCAAACGGGGAUUCCAUUACGCAGGCUACAGGCCCUUUUUACAACAAAUUGAACAGCUCAAGGGCAGAAGUCGAUCUGAAUUGGAGAUUUUGCUAGCUUCAGAACCAAUCUCGCUCUCCACGACAUUGUCGCAGACAACAGUCCCACAAUCUAAUGUGACUUCCAAUAUCGUGCAAGAAUUGAACGAAUUCUCCCAAGCAGUCAACGGUGACACCAUUACGCAAAUUCUUGACUCGUGCACAGGUUCAGUCGUUGUCUACAUUGCCAUCUGCAGAGCAUUCAAGACAGAAAUGAAGGCACAAAUCAGAGAUUGUUUGAAUACGUGGAUGAAAAAGAUGCCGUAUCUUCACUGGCUCAAGCUUUAUAGAGAAGCCAUCUUGGUUACGGCAGGUCUUGCGGACGCUGACGGAACUCUUGAACACAAACUAUUGGAUUUUGUCAACCGUCUGCAACACGCAUCCGGAGACAAGACCAUAUAUACCGUUGCCGACCUGAAGGAGUGA